AUGGCAAAUGCUCAUUUUGAAAUCGGAAUAUAAUUUAAUGGGAUAAAAGGAAGCUAUUAUUCUUUAUAUAAAAAUAAUAAUAUUGCAAAUUUAACUAAUGUUCCUGUUUCAAAAAGAGGUAAAUUUAUUGAAUUCUCAUAAAUUUUAGAGUCUGAAGAAGCUUAAUUUUAAUAAUUCUAGCUUUAUGCCUAUAGUGAUAGCAAUUGGGAUGCUUCUAUUCCUAUAAAAAAAUAAAUCACUGAUAUGUUAAAUAAUGCUGUGUAAUAAAAUUAACCAAUUUAAAUAUAAUUCAAGGUUACUUACCAGAUUAUUAGAACUCUUGAUAAAACUUUGAAAGACUGUAAUGGUGAAGGGAUAUAUUUACCUAAUUUUCAUAUAAGUCUUCUUCGCUUAUUAACAAUAGGUAAUACUUAUUUAGCUAAACCUUUUGAUAAUUUAUCAGCUGAAUAAUAAUAGAAAUAUACAAAAGAUGCUCAUUUAAAUUUAAAAUGCAAAUUAGAUAAUGAAAGUUAAAAAUUUGAUAAUAAUAUAUAAUAUUGGAUAUUAACUGAAAGUAAAUAAGAAUAUAAAAAUAAAAAUCAUGAUGAAUUUAAUGAUGGAAUUAAAUUUUAUAUUUUAAGUGAUAAAUAUUCUUCAGCUUUAUUAGGUUUUUCUAUUAUAACUAUUUAUACUUCUGUUAUUUUGGUAAUUGGUAAAGUUAUUAAAUCCGUAUUUAGUGGAAAUAUUGAUAUGUUAAUGUACUCUGAAUAACCAUUUCCUGAUAAAUUAAUUAAAGUUUGUGAAGCUAUAGGAUAUUCUAGAACUAAAAGAGAUUUAAUCAAAGAAAAUUUGCUUUAUUAUGAACUAAUUGAUUUAUUAAGAUCUCCUGAAAUUAUUAAAAUGCUUACUGGAUCUUAUUCAAAAAUGAUAAAAGAUUAAAGAAAAAAAUGGCUUGAAAAUGAAGAAAAUUUAGAAAUUUUAAGAUUGAAAAAGAAAUAAUAAUGA